AUGUGCGCUGUGUCGGAAGCGGUUCGUGCGUUGACGCCGAAGGCCAAACCGUCACCGCACGCAAAGCGAUGGUGGACAGCGGACCUAACGCAACUCCGUCAGAUAUACACACACUGGAGAAACCACGCCCGCUCGGAAAGACGCGCAGGGCGAAAGGUGCCACAGCUAGAGGACAUGGCCGCAAGCGCCGCGAAGCAAUACCAUGAGGCGAUUCGGAAACAAAAGAAGAAACACUGGAACGAGUUUCUGGCCGACAACGACAACAUCUGGAAAGCUGCCAAGUAUCUGAAAUCAGGGGAAGACACAGCCUUCGGGAAGGUACCGCAGCUCAGAGCAGACGGAACGGUUACCACCGAUCAUAGGGAGCAGGCAGAAGAACUACUAACCAAAUUCUUCCCGCCGCUGCCGGACAGCAUUGACGAUGAGGGAACCAGGCCACAAAGAGCGCCGGUAGAGAUGCCGAUCAUCAUCAUGGAAGAGCCAUAG